GUACUCACUUUUGAAAAAAAAUUAUGUGGAGAAGUUUGCAAUUUUUUGAGGAGAAAAAAAUGUGUACUCCUGCUAUGCGAAAACAUAUAAAACAGACAAAUAAUAAAUCAAGAAAAAUUUAAUACUGAUUUUAUAGAGAAGACAUGUUUCAUUUCAAGAGCUAUCCUUGCAAGGAUUGUGAAGAAGGAUAUUUAUGUUGCUAUCAACAGCAAGAUAUCAUAAAAUGUAAAAUUUGUUUGUACAGCGAGAUAGCAUUUACAAAAAGUGAAAUAUCUUUGUACAUUUAUAUCAUGUAACAUGCUUGUUUAAAUAUUGAACAAGUUUUGGCUGGUGAAUCAAGAACUUAAUCUUUAAGAAAUGUUUUUUUUUAAGUUUUCAUAUCAGCGGUUAGACUAGAUGGGAAUUCACUUGUCAGAUGAGAUACAUUAAAUAUAAUAAACUUUGUGCAUUUAAAAUAUCACAGCAAGGAGGAUAAACCAUAGUGAAUAAUGGCUGUUCCUGGUAAAAAGGCAUCUCAGAAAUUCUCAUCUACACUAUCUCAGGGUGGUGCUGAAGAUUUUGACAUUUAUUGUGAAAUAUGUGACAGAGCUGAUAUCAGGCUUCCAGCCUUUGGUUACUGUGUAGAUUGUGAGGAACACUUAUGUCAAUCUUGUUUCAACACUCACAGACGACCAAAACCACUAUGCCAUCACCAACUCCUAGAUAAAGAUCACAUGCCACAAAAACAAAACUUCCAUAGAUCAUCAAAAUCUACUUCCAGUCCACAGACUGGUGAUUUUACAAAGCCUUGUACUAAACACAGCAAGGAAGUGAUUAAAUUCUACUGUCAUGACCAUAAUGCUCUUAUAUGUAGUGUUUGUGUAACCCUUGAACACACACCAACAUCCUGUCAUGUGGACUACAUACCUGAUAUAUCAGAACAGACUUUAGACAGCAAGGAGUUCAAGGAAACUCUAAAAGAUAUUGAUAAAUUGACAAACAAAUGCUCCAAGAUUACAAGUGAUCUGAAACAAAGAGUUGCUAAAUCAACAUCUUCUCUUAAAGAUGCUAUAGCAGAAAUUGACAAUUUCAGAAAAGAGAUAAACAAGAGAUUAGAUGAACUAGAAAAGGAGGUUAAAGAUACUGCUACAACACUCCAACAAGUCAACAACAAAAAGUUGAAAAUAACAGAAACAACAUGUGAUGACAUCAACAAAUCACUUCAAGCAUCAGCUGAUACUCUAAAACAUCUCAAUUCAAACAAGAAAACUGACCAACUGUUUACUGAACUAAAGAGAGCUCAGCAACUGAUUCAAGAUAAUAACAAUAUAAUAUCACAACUAUCAACAAUCAAUGACAUUGAUGAGUACAUCUUUGAACCAAAUCAAGACAUCAAAAAAUUCUUUCAAGAUCAGAAAUCAUUAGGAACAUUGAGCAGUAAGAAUAAGAAACAGCCAGCUGAACCAAAGAAUCCAACUGCAGUAGCAAUGAAAUUGUCUACACCUAGAAACUUCAAUGCUAAAUCUUCCUCAGAUAAAGGUGAUUGCUGGAUUACUGGUAUAGCUGUUUCUCCUCAAAAUCAAAAUCAAAUAUUUGCAGCUGAUUACGAUAAUCACUCUAUUAAAAUGAUACACAUUAAUAGUGGAACAAUAAAACAAUUAAAGCUUGACUCAGAACCAUGGGAUGUCACCAUUGCCAGUGAUUCACUUGCUGUUACAUUACCAAACAGGAAAACAAUACAAUUCAUUUCCUUCUCCCCAGACUCACUCUCACUGAAGAACAAACUGAAGGUAGAUGGAGAGUGUCAUGGUAUCAGUCAUCAUCAGGGAAAACUUGUAGUCACAUUUACAGCACCUGGUAAACUACAAAUCAUGGACUUAAAAGGUAAUACUGAAGUUACAGUUUAUAAAGAUUCCAAAGAGUACAAUAUACUCAUUUAUCCUUGGUAUGUCACAACAAACAGCCAUUCAAUCUAUGUAUCUGACUGUUACAAAAAUGCAGUUCUACGAUUUAACUGGAAGGGAGAGAUGAUAGGAUUAGUAGGAAUUCGUGGACCACAUGGUAUAACACUGUUAGAUGAUGGGUCUCUCAUAGUGAAUGAUUGCAAGAGUGAUUGUAUAUAUAGAGUAAGUGGUGACUGUAAAGACAGUAAAACUAUAAUGGCGGAUGUAGACAGUCCUUAUGCUGCAUGUUGGUGUGCUGAUAAUAGUACACUUUGUGUUAGUAAAAGAAACAUUGUCAGUGCUGGCAGUGAUAACAAUUAUAUCAGAUUGUAUAAAAUGAUGUAAAAGACAUGACAAGAUAUGAUAUGACACUAACAAUUGUAUAAGUGCAUCAGAUCAUCAUCAUUCAUUCAAUACAUUACUAUAAAAAUUAGUGAAACAUUAUGAUAUCACAUAUAACUUUAGUUUUGUUGAUCUAUAGAUGAACAGACAUAUUGUUAUAGUGUAAAGGUGAAGAUAUGCUUCAUUGAUCAAUUUUUUAGAAUUUUAUGUGAUAUAAAAGAUAAUUUUAUUUUUUAUUGAUGACUUGCUAGACAGCAGUAACAUUUUACAAAAAUAAAGAUAUUAUAUAUAGAGUAACAUCGGGUUAUUUCAACACUUUUAGAGAAUUUUGCUCACAAAAGUUUAGGUGUCGAUGUUACAAGAUCCGAUUUUAACCCGAAUGUGAAACUCACAUUCUUGGAAUACUUCUUGAUUAUGUAAACAAACAAGAAUGUCUUGUUUGAUUUGCAAUAUCUCUCUUACGAACAUAGAUAUGGUCGUAUAAUUUCGACAUGUUUCGUCUUAUUUCGACAUACUCAAAUUUUUUUUUAAAAAUGAAAGGAGAACAUCAUACAUUUAUUUGUUUGACUGUGCAAUUAGAUAAAGAUUUAUAUAUCAUAUUCAAUCAUUACAUAUAAUUUCAUUUUUUUGUUAUAAGACAAUAAAAUGACAUUCAACCAUGGAGCUAAAUAUAUCUGUGAUUCAACUAAUGAAAGAAUUUGAUGACAUAAUGUUCAAAUAUAAUAUGAUUCAUUUUCGGAGUAACAAUCACGUUUCUUUUAAGUUCUGAAUAGGUUCAUAAUUAUAUUCUCCACAGUACAGUACAUGCAAGAAUAUAUUUGACUGAUAAGAACGUUACCUGUACAUUGCUUCUGCAAUGAUUUGAUGUUAAUAUACUGCGCUAUUAAGUACAGACAGAUAUGCACAAUCAUUGACCAUCAUUUAUCAAAACGGACACAAAGUGUAUUUUUAUCAUUUACUCAAGAGGCAACUUAAAAUUCAUCGGUUUGCCUGUACAUGAAAAAUGCCAUCUUUUUUGACAUAAUUAGUACCAUUAAUCCAUUUGUCAGUGUCACAAUCUUCAUCAUUCAUUAUUUGUGCAUCCAGGACGCUGACUACUUUGACCAAAGUAGUCGUCAGUGUCAGCAUAGGUUGGAAUUUCAGAAUUUGAUUCUGACGAUGUCUGUUCACUUGCAAAACAGGACUAGCAGAUGACUCAGUGAUUAUGAAAGUACACUGAACUUUUGUCCAAAGACAAUAGAGGACUAUCAGACGACGUAGGGCAAGCAGAAGAUUGAAUGCUCAUGAAAGUAGUCAGUAGUCCUUUGUCAGUAGACGAGACACAAUAAGGAAACGGCAUAGGACAAGCGGAUGACUCAAUGUUUAUGACAGUAGACGGGAUGUUUGUGCCAGAAAAAAAUACAGGGUUAGCAGACUGAGACGGCAAAUUAUCAAAGGACUUAUGAAAAUUUGGUGAUGCUAAAUCUUUAAAUCUUUAAAUCAGUUACAAUUCAUGCAUAUUUGAUGAAGUUAAGUUUGUAAUGUCAAUACAGCGUUGGAAAUCUGCAUUUUGGCAACUUGAAAUUAAAAUAACAUAAUGAUUUUUUUUAAUUAACGUAUUUGUAUAAUUUAUUAAUGCAUGUAGAGCUAAUAACUAUUGUGAAUUUAAAGUUUUAAUAUUUCUAUGGCUAUGUGUCGAAAUUGGCCAACAGAGAAGAUAAGUAUCGUUCAAUUUCUACACCCCUGUAUAAUUGUUAUGCGUCUUAUAAUUGAGAAUAAACUCAAGCUUAAAUGUUCAUAACAUUCAU